GUCCGCCACUGCCUACCUGCUAUUAAAAAGAAACCAACCCAACAGCAGUUUCCUAACUCAAUCUACCAGGCACCAGACGAUGUGAAUAGUAUCCGUACAAGCUCCAUCUCGUUUGUGUUGAUCAGUGGCCAAAAUCGAACCUGAAGUACAAAUCGAUGGUCGAGUGUCGCUAAAGGAUGGAUUAUCAGCCAAGAAUCACAGCAAAAACAAGAAUCACAGCUUAAAACAAGAACCACGAUUUUGAACAGAACCUCGCGAUUUACAGCCGUCCGUCACUGAGUUCUUGCUCAAAAACCACCAUUCAAAGCAUAAAAAGCACACGCUGAAUCGAAAUCCUAGUUAAAGCCGACCAAGAAUAACAAUAACAACACAGAUCAGAACUCAAAAAUCCAUCUUGAUCGGUAGGCUUUGUGGUGUGCUCUCCCUCGGAAUACGACCGUUAGAGGUGGAGUCCACGUGGCGUACCCUGGUUGGUUGGCUUUGUGCGGGGGUCAUCGGUUGGUUGAGGCGGCGGUUUGUAAUGAUGGCUUUCUCAAUGGGAGGCCCAGUUCUCAGCCCAAGCCUGAAAUGGGGAGGCUAUAAAUACUCCAUGGCCGAAUUCAUUUUUCCUUGCGCGUUUUGAAGUUGUAGCGAAGCUCUGUUGAUUUUCCUAGAGAGAUAAAGUAUUUCCUUUGAUCAAACCAAGUUUUUCAAGGUCAGUUCUUCACUUCUUCUUAAGUCUCCUCGCAUACUUUGCUUCUCCGUCUUUGAUUCAGUGUUUAGAGCCUUGGAGCUUUAGGAAUUUUCUCCUUAUCCCCAAACCCUUCGACUUUCGUCUUCGGAGAUGUCUUCUGGAAGCGAUUCUCAAAACAUCUCGAAGGAGGCUCUGGUAGAAACAAAGAGCAUCUCGGGUGUAGAGUCUUCAAGUGAACAACUUUCAGUCAACAAUGAUUCAGCGGUGGCAAUGGAAGUUUAAAGCAACCUCAUAAUGGAGGCCGAAGCCGAAGACUUCGAACAUGUGGCUGAGGAUGAGGAACUAGCCCUCGCCGUUCAUGUAGCUGAGGAGGAAGAAGAGAAGGAGAGGCAGAAGGUUACUGUCGCUGUCCUUCCCUCGCGCCAUGCCGGUGAGGCAAACAGCUCCCGGCCUCUCAAUCUGGAGCCUCUUAGGGUGGCCCUAGCUAAGAAAAAGAAGGUGAAGGAUGCACCGAAGAAGAAACAGGCUGCCGUCGAUGCUGGGCAGCCGGUGGGCAUUCCCGAGGGCUACUCAUACCUGAACACCGCCGCCCUUGAUGUGAAGACAAAGGCCACGGCUGCUGAAUAUCAAGCCACACAAUUCUUUGCAGGCCCCUCGGCGCGCGUGGUGGAACCGGGGCCAGAUGACGUGCAGUUACACGCGCCCGGGGGCUGCUUUGCCGCUCACAUCCUGUCGGUGGAAUUGGGCAUUCGGUUUCCCCUCCACCCCUUCGUCCUGGAGUACCUGCGGUUCUUGAAACUGGCACCCUGUCAGCUAACGCCCAACAGCCACACGUACCUGCCUGGCUUCCUUUCCCUCUAUCGGAGCCGGGGGGUCGAACCAUCCUUGGAUCAGUUCUUCUUGUCUUUCAGUCUCUGCGGGGGGGGGGGGGGGGGGGGGGGGCAUUCAAAUGCCGGAGGCGUCGCCAACUUGCAGCAGGUCCCAGAGUUUAGGCUUUUUGACGACGUUCCUUCGUCCCACAAAGGAUGGAAGGAUAAGUUUUGCUAUAUCCGCAUGGCGGAGAACCCCUUCCCCGCCCCUCUUUGUGAUCAUUUCCGGAGGUACCCGAAGGUGGGGAAUGCUGCCCUCGAGAAGAAUGGCAAGAAACUUGCCAAGAAGCCGGAGGGGUCUGACAAGCACGUAACAAUCAAGGAGGCCACUCUCCCGGAUGAUCUGUUCGAUUUGAGCUUCCGCCGAUAUAGGCUUGUGGGGGAGGUAGAUGAGAAAUACCCCCUCAUAGAUUGUGUCUUUGAGAGCACCAGAGGUGCUAGUAUGGACGUGAGGAACUUCGUUGGCCUUAAGAAGAAGUUGGCCAAGGAGCUAAAGAAGAAGGAGACGGGAACACAAAACCCCGUCGAUGAAUUCUUCCAGAGGGACGAGGGGCCCUCCUCGGCUGUCGCUGCUGCUAUUGGUGGAGCCGAGGCCGGAGGCGAUCAAGUCGCGGCUGCCAAGAGGAAGGCGGCGGGAAAAGCCGUCGUGCCCAGAGGCAAGAAAUUGAAGAAGGGGGGUGCCGAGAAGAAGGCUACCCCCGUCGUGGCUGUGGAUGAGCACUCCUCCUCCGAGCCCCGGUUGCGGCGGCGACGACCCCCUCCAAGCCCCCUUCGGCUGAGGUGGGCUUCCCUCGGGAGAAUGUGCAAUUCUCCCUCGUAAAGGGAACCACCAUCAUGCAUGGCACGGUGGACCCCAGGGAGUUCAUGAAGGGUGCCACCCCCGAGCUGGAUAGGGCAUUCCUGAGCCGGCUAGACGAUGAAGCCCUCGACUCCAAGAUUCUCCGGUCAUCUCUUACGGCUUGCAUUGCCCUCGGCGAGCAGGCCCGGAGGGUGGAAACCUUGCGCCUUCAGAAGGCGCAACAGGACGAGACUUUGAAGAAGCUCGUCCAUGACAAUGCUGCCGCCGUUCGGGACAUGUCGAGGCUGGAGGAGACCCUUUGGCAAGAAAGGGCUGAAGCGGAGAAGGCCCAGACAGAGGCCAGAGCCAAGGGCAUGGCCGAGGAUGAGAAGACUGCUGCUGAGGCUGCCAAAAAGGCUGCCGAGGAUGCCGAGGAUGCCGCGGCCGCCAAGGAAGGGGCUGUCGCCAAGGCCCAGGAAGACGCUGUUGUUGCCUUCACUGCUGAAGGGUGGAAGGCCGAGGACCAGAAGCAGUGGCUGGCCUCGGUAGUUGAAGCUACCGUUGAUUACUGGGUUGGCAGCCCCAGUGCAGAAUGGUUGGCCCGGAAGGGCAAGGAAUAUUAUGACAGGGGCGAGUUCUUUACUCAAGCCCUCGUCUACCGGAGGCUGGCCCGGCAUUAUGGGGCGGACUCGAAGGAGUUUGCCCUAGCAACCUACGGCCUUCCCCCCUUCAGCCUGACUUUAGAAUCCCCCUCCCUGCGGAUGUUGAAAGGCCAGAUCUUGAGGAUUCUGUGCUGAUGCAGGAUGCACAAGACGAAGAUUAAGAGGCCGGAGGGAAUGCUACUUCGAAGCCUGCCGAAGGGGGUGCUGCUGAAGUUGAUAAUCCUUGAUGUACUUGUAAUUUCUUUUUUGAACAAUGUUUUGUAAUUACUUUUCAGCUUCCGGCUUCGGUCUUUGAUGUAUAACAAUUUAUAUUCUUGUGAAUGAAUGCAUGGAUGCCUUCGGG